UGUAGCAACGUUAGCUUUCCUUCUGCUUGGAGUUAUUCUGUGGGUUUUGAUCCAUUUAUGGGCUGAAUAUCUGAAUGUUUGCAGUCAGAAUGUCUUCAAUCAAACCUGAACGCGAGUUGAGCAACGAGCAGGAAACUCCUGCUGAAGAAACGGUGACAGAGUUUAAUGGAACCGUAAAGAAGGAGGAAGAGAUAAAUGAUUGGGACAGACUGCAGGAUUUGUCCAGGACCGCGUUACACCGAACUGAUGAUCUACAGAAUUACAUUUGGAAAGAAGAGGCUCCCUUUGACCAGGAGCUCUGUAAACAGGAGACGGAUUCCAGUUUGGAUCAGAAGGAGCUAGAACCUCUGCAGAUAAAAGAAGAGCAUCAAGAACCAGGAUAUCCCUGGACUAAAGAGGAACCAUUGGAGCUCUGCAUAAGUAAGCAGGAAGAGCAACUUGAACUGAAGCAGGAGAAUGAAGAUACAUCAAUAGUGAGUCCAACUCAUGAAGACAAGUACCACAUUAAACCAGAACCAAUUGUAGAUCAUGUUGUCUCUCAGGAUUAUAAUCAAACUGAGCUCCAGGAUUGCAAAGGAAAUCCUAAUAAAAACUCAGGAUCACAGCAAGAUGAAGGGCUGAAACAAAAUAAGAGUCAUCAGAAAACCAUGAAGCGCAACAACUGUGUUAAUUCAAAACGCAAAAGGGACAAGAAAGCUUGCACAGAAACCGCUGUGUAUUCUUGUAAAAUAUGUGGUGAAGGUUUUAGUGAAAGUAGUAACUUGUCUCAACACUUGAAAAGUCACAAAGGUGAGAAGCGUUUUCAGUGUACGUGUGGAAAAAGUUUUACAAAAAAAGGAAAUUUAACAGCGCACAUGAGAAUUCACACAGGUGAGAAGCCUUUUUCCUGUAACACCUGUGAAAAAACGUUCAGAUUAAAACAUUCAUUAAAUAAACACAUGAGAAUUCACUCGGGUGUGAGGCCAUUUAAAUGCCUGUCCUGUGGAAAAAGCUUCAUCACAAAACCGGCUUUUGCUAAACACGUCAGAAUUCACACAGGUGAGAAGCCUUUCUCUUGUACCAUUUGUGGUAAGAGUUUUAUUGACAAAGGUCAUUUGACUAAUCACUUGAGGACUCACACAGAUGAAAAACCUUUCCCCUGUAACUCCUGUGAAAAAACUUUCAGAUCUAAAUAUUCAUUAAUUGAACACAUGACAGUUCACACAGGUGUGAAACCCUUUUCAUGUGAGACCUGUGGACAAGGAUUUAUUAAAAAACGUCAGUUAAUGGUUCACAUGGGAAGUCAUACAGGUGUGAACCCCUAUUUGUGUGUCAUCUGUGGGAAAGCGUUCAGCCACAGCGGUAGUUUAAAAACUCACUUCAUAACGCACACAAAUGAGGAACCAUUUCAUUGUGUGACGUGUGGAAAACGUUUCAUAAGCAAAACAGGUUUAACACGUCACAUGAGAAUUCACACUGGUGAGAACCUUUUCAAAUGUCAGUUCUGUGGAAAAGGCUUCACUCAGAAAUCUUUUCUGGAUGACCAUGUCAGAAUUCACACAGGUGAGAAGCCUUUCACAUGUGUGAUUUGUCUCAAAAGUUUUGGUCGAAAAGUUAAUUUGACUGAUCACAUGAGAAGUCACACAGAUGAAAAGGUGUUUUCCUGUAAUACUUGUGAAAAAAGUUACAGAUCAAAACCGUCAUUGAACAAACACAUGAAAAUUCACACAGGUGAGAAGCCUUUUUUGUGCCACACCUGUGGAAAAAGCUUUGUUACAAAGUCUGAAUGUAAUAAACACAUGAAAAUUCACACGGGGGAGAAGCCUUUUGUGUGCAACACUUGUGGAAAAAGCUUUGCCGCUAGCUCUGAUUGCAACAAGCACAUUAGAAUUCACACAGGUGAGAAGCCUUACUCUUGUACCAUUUGUGGUAAACGUUUUACUCUGAAAGCUUAUUUGCCUCAACACAUGAUGAGUCAUACAAAUGAAAGGCCUUUUCACUGUAAUACCUGUGAAAAAACUUUCAAAAGAAAAGAUUCACUGAAUAAACAUGAGCGUUUACACAGGCGAGACGCCCCUUUUGUGCAGGACCUGCCAAGCAUUGAGCUAAAGUAAAAACUUGAAAACAUUUCAUCCUUAACACAAAUUGGUGUACUGUGCAGAAAAAGUUUGGUCUAACACAAUCUAGUACCAGUGUUACCUUCUGCUGUUUCCAGCACUUUUUUUGAUUUCCAAUUUUGACUUCCAAUGAUUCUCUUCCUGCUAGAGAGCCCCCUGGUGGUUGAAGAAAAAUACACAGAAAAGCCGCACCGGGCUAUAAGCUGCAUGGUUCAAAGUGUAGGAAAAAAGUAGUGGCUUAUGACUAAUCCGAAAAAUAUGGUAGAACUGCAAAGAGCAUUUUCGGUAAAAAUGUCAAAAAUAUUCAGUGCCUGGUCGCCAUUUACCUAACAUACUGUAACCGUAGAUUUGAAACGGCUUUGCAAGUAUUUCUAUAGUGCUGUCUUGAGUAUUUUCAGGCACUAUCACCAAGAUCUGACAGGUUUUUUGCAUUGGAAAACAGAGUGAAGUGUCAAAAUGAAAAUAUAAAGUCAUUUGACACUGUCAGGAUGUUUUGUUUUGAUAAAACUGACACACUGUGGAAUGAACUACAGAUUUUGAGGAAUGACUAACUUUUGUGGGUUAACUUUUUGAAGUUGGUAGUAAUUGUUUUAAGAAGUGCACUACCUGUGGUGCAAAUGUUUGGUGAAAAAUGUAACAAUGUAACUGAGGGAAAAACUAUAAAACCAAAAAUCCUCAAAGCCUGCUCUGACUCUUGAUGCCUUUUGUCUGAUAAACUUGAAGCUAAAUCGAACAGAAAACUAAUUUUUCUCUCCAGCAAACAUAUUAUUGUAUUGCUUAUAUAUAUAUUAAUCUAUGAACAUGUUUAUUGUUUAUAUGGUACUAUAAUGACUCUAAUCAUGAUGAUUUGUUGGAACCAGAUUUUUUUUAGUGGAUUUUUAUACCAGGUUUUAUACCUGUUGCCCUUUGCAUGUUCCAAAUCGUAAUAAACGA